UAUUUCAUGCAAGCAGAUACUUCUGAAAAGUUAUUAUUAGUACACAAUAAUAACGAUUUGAAUGUAGGAAACAUAAGUGCAUCCUUUAUAGAAAAUCAGUGAGAUAGCCUGCGGGAAGUUGGCUGUGUGGAUUGUGCGGUAAGAGAAAAGUAAUGGAAAAUGACGACCCACAGUCACCGGACCCAACUAACAGCGACGCACCAUGCAAGAAAGGAAACACAGUGCCUAAGAAGACACACUUGACUCAAAUCGAGGUAAUUCCCUGCAAGAUCUGUGGUGACAAGUCAUCAGGUGUGCAUUAUGGAGUCAUCACCUGUGAGGGAUGCAAGGGCUUUUUCCGGCGCAGUCAGCAGUCCAGUGUGUCGUACUCGUGUUCACGCCAGAGUAACUGCCCGAUUGACCGCGCCAGCCGUAACCGCUGUCAGAGCUGCCGCCUGCAGAAGUGUGUGGCCCAGGGCAUGAGCCGAGAUGCUGUGAAGUUUGGCCGCAUGUCGAAGCGACAGAGGGACUCUCUGUUUGCGGAGGUAGAGAGACACCGGCAGCAGCAGCAGCGUCUCCAGGGCAGCCCCGGGGAAGUCCAGCCCACCCUGUCCUACCACAGCAAGGAGCCCCGUGACCGUUCACCCCACCUCGACCAGCCUGUCCCUCCGACUUAUCCUUACCACAUGGAGCCGGAGCUGCCUGCCUGCUCACCUGACAUGCGCGUCUACUUGGGCUGCUCCCAAGGCAAGUCCCAGGCUGUGGCCCCGGCCUACAGGGACUCAUGCAUGUCCCCGGUCUCCAGCUCACAAGGCAGGGGGGACAGCAGUGUUCAAGCAGAGGGACGAGGAGAAAGGUAUAAAGGGUUUCAUCCUCACCAGCCAUCCCCCGAUCAGCCUGGGUUGCUGAUGUCCAGAGGGGACAUGGGGAUUUAUGACGCUGAGGAUAUCUUCUGCCCCUACCCCACCUCUCUGCUGCACAUUGAGGAGGUGUGUGCCAGCAUUGUGCGCUCUCACAGGGAGACCAGCCAGUACAGAGUGGAGGACCUGCAGGCGCUCAGAUGGAAACUUUUCAGCAGAGAGGAGAUUCACGCCUACCAGAGCAAGUCGGUGGAUGAGAUGUGGCAGCACUGUGCUCUCAGACUGACGGAAGCUGUACAGUACGUGGUGGAGUUCGCCAAGCGCAUCCCGGGCUUCCGCCAGCUGUGUCAGAAUGACCAGAUCGUCCUGCUCAAAUCCGGCUCAAUGGAAGUGGUCCUGGUGAGAAUGAGCAGGAUGUUUAACACAGAGAACAGCACAGUCUUCUUUGAUGGCAAAUUUGCUGGAAAAGAGCUUUUCAAGUCCCUAGCCUGCAAUGACCUGAUAACUGCGGCGUUUGACCUUGCUCACAACCUGUGUGCUCUGCGGCUUAAUGAACAGCAGAUGGCGCUCUUCAGUGCCCUGGUGCUCAUCAAUGCAGAUCGUCCAUGCUUGGAGGAGAGAGGAAGGGUGGAGAGAGUGAGGAAAGAGGUGGAGCUGGCCCUCAGUCACACUUUGCACAGAGAUAACCAGGAGGGCCUACUGCACAAGCUCUACCAGAAGGUGGCAGUGUUGAAAUCUAUCUGCGGUCUUCACAUUGAGAAACUGCGCUGGUUCCGGCAGCUCUAUCCCCUCACUGUACACUCCCUCUUCCCACCACUGUACAAAGAGCUGUUUGGCUCAGAUUCAGAACUUCCCCUCCUGACCACACACUGAACAGCAUUACGGAUCCCCAAAUAAUCACGUGCACUGAUACUGACAACGAUAAGCAGUGAUGCAGAAAUUUUACUUGAAGACACAUUGAUUUACAGUGCUGUGAAUAUACUCAUAGUUUGUAAUGAUACAUGAUGUCAGUUGUUAACAUGAUGUUGAUAUACACUGUCGUGCAUACAUAAAUAUAUACACACACACACACACAGACACACACAUUCACAUAUUAACAAACCACACAUUAAUUUAUAACGUAAGGGGAUCCAGUCAAUGUGUCUCACUGUCUACCUGCUGUAUAAUUUUAUUUUUGUAAUUCAGAAAUAGUUGCAUAUGCAAAAC